AUGGACUUCGGAGAAGACGAUGAUGGACUUAAUUAUGAUAAGGAUACUCCCAUGGUGGGAUUCUUUUCUAUGUUCAGGUUCAGCACAUGCAAGAUCAAAGUCUACUUGGUGCUAGGCAUUAUCUCUGCUAUCUUAGCAGGGUUUGCUAUGCCUCUAUUUGUUAUAUUCAUUGAAGAGCUGUACAAUUCAUUUGAUCCAGACACUUCGGUUGAGACUACUUAUGAUAAUUGAUUAAAGAUACUCUAUUACCUCAUCUACAUUGGAAUUGGCUUAUGGUUUGUGAGCUACCUGUAUCUUGCCUUCUUCGGAAUGGUCUCAGAGUACACAGGAAUGAUAUUCAGGGUCAAAUAUGUUGAAUCCGUGCUCAGACAAGAUAUCUCAUGGUUUGAAGAUAAUGACCCUCAGUCAUUGGCAUCAAAGAUUAGUAAAGAAGCUUCAGCGAUCCAAGUGGCCACAGGAGAGAAGGCAGCCAAUAUCUUCUUUGCGUUUACAAUGCUGAUUGCAGGAGCAGUCAUCUCAUUUACUCUUGGGUGGAAGUUUGCUCUUGUUACGCUUGCAUUAUUCCCCCUCCUGUUCCUUGUCAUGUCUUUCAUGAUGGUUGUACUUCAAAUGGGAUUUAAGAAACAAGAAAAAGCUUUCAAGAAGUCAAGCACACUUGCAGAACAAGCACUGAACUCGAUCAAGAUAGUACAGGCAUAUGGCCAAGAGAGCAAAGAGGAUGAGAGGUUCUGUGAACCUUUGGAAGAGGCAAGAAAAAGUGGUAUUAAGUAUCAUUUUAUUACGUCCCUCGCAUAUGGAAUGAACAAUGGAAUCUUCAUGCUUAUAUUUGCAUUUGCCCUAUUCUUUGGAGCUUUAUUUGUUACUGAAGGAGUCACAAAUGAUAUUAGAGAUAGAGAUUACACUCCUGGAGAUAUUAUUGCUGUCUUCUUUGGAAUGAUGUUUGCAGCUUUCUCGUUAAGUUUAGCUGGGCCAAACUUUAAAUCUGUAACAAAAGGGAGACAAGCUGCUCAUGCUGCUCUCCAAACUAUUGAGAGAACACCCCAGAUAAUUAUUGAUGAUAAGUCAGCUAAGCAUUUAAAUGACCUUAGAGGAGAAAUUAGAUUUGAAAAUGUAAAGUUUAAAUACAAAACACGUAAGAUCAAUGCCCUCGAUGGAGUCAACAUCAACUUCGAACAAGGAAAAGUCACUGCUCUUGUUGGUCCUUCAGGGUCUGGAAAGUCUACGAUUGUGCAACUCAUGGAACGUUUCUACGAUCCAGGCGAAGGCUCUGUGAUAAUCGAUGGUGAUGAUCUCAGAAACAUCAACCUCAGAGACUUUAGAUCUAAAGUUGGAUACGUUGGUCAAGAGCCUGUGUUAUUCAACCAGACAAUUCGUGAGAACUUGUACUAUGGUAACCCCGAAGCAUCUGAACAAGACAUGCUGGAAGCUCUACGCAAAGCCAAUGCUUCCAAGAUCAUCCAGCGUCUUCCAGAUGGCCUUGAUACUAUAGUGGGUGCUCAAGGAGGACAGCUCUCUGGAGGAGAGAAACAGAGGAUCGCCUUGGCUCGAGCCUUCAUUAAAGACCCUAAAAUCCUGAUUUUGGACGAAGCCACAUCUGCCUUGGAUAGAAAGAACGAGCAAGAAGUGCAGGAGGCUAUUGAUAAUCUGAAGAACGGAGACAUGAACAUCACUACCAUUGUGAUUGCCCACAGGUUAUCAACUAUCAAGAACUCUGACAAGAUCAUCGUCCUCAAGGAAGGAAAAGUUGUUGAAGAAGGAAACCAUAAAGAGCUGUUGGAAAAAUACAGAGGAGGAGUUUACUCCACUUUGGUAGCCAAACAAGAAGAACUAGAUGAUGAUCAAGGUGAAGCUAAAGAAGAGGAUGCCGAUAACUCUCUAAGAACAGAUCAGAUUGAUGGCUCUUUAGCUAAAAAUCCUUUACUCAGAAAAGGCACUUCCUUUAAUGACGAAAUUUUGGGAAAGAAGGAACAAGCUGAUAAGCUUGAUGAAGAUGUUAAGAAGGAAAAAGAGGAGCUUAUCAAGCAGAUCAAGAAGAAAGGAUACUUCAAGAGGCUUAUCCAGUACAACAAACCUUAUUGGCUGAUCAUUGUUGGGCUCAUUAGUUCUGGAGUCCAAGGAAUGACCAUGCCAGUGUUUGCUGUCUUUUAUGUUAAAGUACUCUUCUCAAUGUUUGAAAAUGAUCUCAGUACUAUAGCAUGGUACUGCUUUGGGAUGGCCUGUAACUGCUUAGUCUCCUUCGUUGCUACUUAUUUCCAGAAACUUUCAUUUGGAAUUCUUUCUGAGAACAUGACUAAAGGAAUCAGGAGAGAUCUUUAUAAGGCUAUAAUGUCCAAACAUGCUGGAUGGUUCGAUCUCCCAGAGAAUAACAUUGGUGUCCUGACCUCAACUCUUACUUCUGAUGUCUAUGCUUUGAAUGGAGCUUCGACAGAAGGACUCUCAACAGUCAUUGAAACUUGGAUUGGACUUGUUGGUGGAUUAAUCAUGGCUCUUAUAUUUGAAUGGAGAACUGCUCUGAGUGCAAUCUGUGUAAUCCCAUUCUUCAUUUGUUCUGCUGUUAUUCAAGUCCAACUUCAGACUGGGUUCACAGAAUCUCAAGAAGGUGCACUCAAAAAGGCAAAUCUGUUAAUUUCUGAUGCUAUUUCUAACUACAAAACAGUUGCUUCGUUUGGUCAUGAGUACCUGCUCACUGAUAUUCUAAGAGAAAACUUGAAAGAACCUCUUAGAAAAGGAGCAAUCAAAUCUCACCUCGCUGGGUUCGUAUUUGGAUGGUCGAAUUUUGUCCAGAAUGUUGUGAUGGGUCUAUUAUUUUUCCUCGGAGCUGUCUAUAUUAGAUACGAUGGAGCAGAUCAAGAAAAUUGUUUCUUAGCGAUCUUUGUUUUAAUUUUUGCAGCUUGGGGAGCAGGCCAAGCCCAGCAAUUCGGACCAUCACAAGGUAAAGCUUUCAAGUCAGCAAUCAGAAUAUUCUCAAUCAUUGAUGAGCCUUCUGAAAUUGAAGCCGAUGAGAAGCAUCCUGAUUUGGUUGUUGCUGAUGAUAAAACUUUUAAUGGCGAAAUCGAGUUCAGAAAUGUUUGGUUUAGAUACCCAACCAGACCAGACACGUGGGUUCUCAAAAAUUUCAGUUUAAUCAUUAAACCAAAUGAGAAAAUUGGACUUGUUGGUGAGUCUGGAAGUGGCAAGAGCACCAUCGUCCAACUCAUCCUGAGGUUCUACGAGCCACAUUUCGGUCAGAUCUUAAUCAACGGAGUCGACAUCAAGCACUACAACUUGAAGUCACUUAGAAAGCAAAUGGGGCUUGUGCAACAGAUGCCUACUCUGUUCAACGACUCAGUGUUGUUCAACAUUUGUUAUGGAGAAGAGGCUCAAGAUGUACCCAAGGCAAUUGAGGCUUGUGGAAUUUCGAAUGCCAAGGGAUUCAUAUCCAAGCUUACUGAUGCCAGAGGAGACAACAACGUUGCUAUUGAAGAAAAUGAAGAAGUCGACGAAGAUAAUGUUGACAUCAAAGAUCUUAGAGUUGGAAUUGCAACUUCAUGCGGAACCAAUGGUGGCAAGCUUUCAGGUGGUCAAAAGCAGCGUGUCGCUAUUGCCAGAGCUGUCAUUCGCUCUCCAAGUGUUCUGCUUUUAGACGAAGCCACAAGUGCUCUGGACGAAGUGUCGCAAGCCAAAGUUCAGGAAGCUCUUGAGAAGGUGAUGGAAGGACGUACUUCUAUCAUCAUCGCUCACAGACUGACAACCAUCGAGAACUGCGACAGAAUAGUGUUGCUGAAGAGUGGAAAAAUUUAUAAAGAAGGAAAAUACAAAGAAAUAAAAGAUGAUUUGUAA